CUUCACAUUCCGUUGCCGGUCAUCCAUCUUGUUCUUCUUCAUUGAGCGACUCUCUCUUCUCUUCUCUUCUCUUCUUCUCUUUUCUUUGUAUUGAGUAUGCUAAUGUUCUUGCUCUUACACAAGUCUUAUUAGUAUUGUGAGUUCACAGUCUUGUUCGAAAAUAAAACGAAAAUAAACUGUAACAGAGGAGGAGCAGGCGCAAGAAGAGGAGGAUUAAUCAAAGGCCGUCGGUCGUAAAUAUCCAGAGGCAGGGUUGAGGAGUAUACUCUUGCAAUUAGGUGUAAUCCCAGGUCAUUGGGAUUGGCUCCCUUUGGCAUAUAGCAGCUAAGCUUUGAACUCAGGUUACACAAUGAAAGAAUCAAAGCCUAAAAGAGCUGCGGCUGUGGAGGCUAAAGCUAAAAAGGCUGAAGCUAAGACGAAGCUGCGUGUUGUGAAAGAAAAGCCAAAGAAACGGCAGGCUAAACCCAAAGUUAAAAAGGAUCCCAACCAACCUAAGAGGCCACCAACUGCCUUUUUUGUUUUCCUGGAGGAGUUCCGUCAGACAUUCAAGCAGAAGCAUCCCGAAGUCAAAGGAGUUGCAGCUGUUGGUAAAGCUUGCGGUGACAAAUGGAAAGAAAUGAGUGAUGCUGAUAAGGCCCCAUACCUUGCAAAAGCUGCACAGAAGAAAGUUGAAUAUGAUGUUACAAUGAAUGCUUACAAAAAGAAACAGGUGGAUGAUGAAGGCGACGUAGCUGAGGAGUCUGACAAGUCAAAAUCUGAGCUAAAUGAAGAUGACGACGAUGAAGAAGACGACAGUGAGGAUGAAGAUUGAUGUUACUCAUAGGACAUCUAAAUUCUCCUAAUAGCUCUAGAUUUGAGGCUCGAGGAGAAUUCUGAUUAAAACAAUCUUUCCCCUAAGUUGCAUAGAUUUACUGCUCAUUUUGUAUGGUCAGUAAUAACAGUAAGUUUUUGGAGCAAUUAUAGCUAAUAGCUGAAGUGGCUGUAAAAUAGAAUGCUUUGCUAUCAAGCUUGUCUUGGUGGUCAAACUAUGGAUGCUUUCUGGGAUAAGUUGCUUAGUUUGUGCCAUAUUGUUUGUUUUGCCUACGAAUUGGUUAUCCUUCUUUAACCCCUUUCAAUCUGGGCAAAUGAUAUUGUCACUGUUUUUUUUAAGUUAUUUCAGCACCAUAAAAUUUUAGUGGA